AUGAGUGACCACUCCAUCACCGAGAAGACCGGUUACGAGGCCUCCGAUAUCAUCGAAGACGCCCUCCAGUUGGCCGUCGAUGAAGAGCUCAAGGAUGAGGUGCGGACACUGAUGUCGAUGUAUCACAUACUGACAUCAUCAGCGAAUCAAGUCAUUCAUCAAAGGACACUUCAGACACUUCAUGGACAGACACUUCAUGUCUUAGACGACAAGACAUAG